GUAAUUUGAACUGUGGCUCCGUCCCGCUCAGUGAGGAGUAAGUGUAAGUGUAGUGAACGCUCCUCCUCUCUUCUCACUUAUAUUACUACCAUCAUCAUCCCACUUACUCUAACCAUACUUCCUUCUCUCUCUCUCUCUCUCUCUCUCUAGGUGUGGGUGUGUAUGAUUUGCAUUUGAAAUAGAAUUGGGUUGCUCUUCUUCUUCUUCUUCUUCAAGGCACAAGCACUAUGAGUAAAGCAAAUAGUACAUUGUGUGCCAAAGAUGAAGAGCGUCCACUCAGAAUUACCAGAUCAAGGGCAAAAGUUUUGGGAGGACCCUCUUUGGAAAAUGAAGGGAAAAGAGCAACAACUUCCAAAAUGGUUGUUUCUUCUGAGAAUAAAACAUGUGUUGUUGUUCCUCACCGUAAACGAAGGGCAGGGCUUACUGAUGUAACUAACAUCACUGCAAAACCACAUGAUAAACGUGUUAAACAAUCCAAUUUUCAGGCCAAAGGAGUUUACCAGAAGAAAAACACAAAACUAACUUCAGAUGUCUCCAUUGAAGUUUCAUCAGCACAAGAGGAUGGUAAAGAGAAGGUAGCUGAAGAAUUGACUACCAUAAAGAUGGUAGAGUCAAAUGACACCAUUGCUGCAGUAACUUUGGUUGAUGAACCAACUGAACAUUGUAUGUCCAACAACAUAAGUGAACAUGUUAUGACAGAAACCGCGCUUUCGAUGCAAGAAUGUGUGAACUCUGGUGAACUCGCUACCUCUCCAAGCCAAAGCAAAGACAUAAAUAUGAUUUGUGAGAAGAUAGGAGCCUCGGAUUGCCUGACCUUUGUGGACAUCGAUAAAAAGUUAAUGGAUUCUCAAAUUUGGAGUGCUUAUGCCCCUGAUAUAUACACUAAAGUUCGAGUCUCUGAGCUUGAAAAAAGACCAUCAACCAACUACAUGGAGAAGUUGCAGCAAGAUAUUUCUCCAAGCAUGCGUGGAAUUCUGAUUGAUUGGCUUGUGGAGGUUUCCGAGGAAUAUAAGCUGGUUCCAGACACUCUUUACCUUACUGUGAACCUCAUUGAUCGGUUUCUCUCAACAAGUUUGAUUCAGAAACACAGGCUCCAGUUGCUUGGUGUUACUUGCAUGUUCAUUGCAUCAAAAUAUGAAGAGAUGUGUGCUCCUCGGGUGGAAGAAUUUUGCUUCAUCACAGAUAAUACAUACACAAAAGAAGAGGUGGUAAAAAUGGAGAAGGAAGUUUUAAACCUUCUGCGUUUUCAGUUAUCUGUUCCCACAACCAAAACAUUUAUCAGGAGAUUCAUCCAAGCAGCGCAAUCUUCUUACAAGGUUCCUCUUGCUGAACUGGAAUUUCUGGCAAACUAUUUAGCAGAACUCACUCUUGUUGAAUACAGCUUCUUACAGUUUCUACCUUCUCGUGUGGCUGCUUCUGCUGUAUUCCUUGCCAGAUGGACCCUUAACCACUCAGAACAUCCAUGGACUACAACUCUGGAGCAUUUUACAAACUACAAAGCUUCAGAGCUAAAACCAGUUGUUCUUGCACUGGAAGAUCUGCAACUUAAUACCAAAGGUUGUUCUCUCCAUGCUAUACGUGAGAAAUAUAAACAUGAGAAGUUCAAUGGUGUGGCAAAACUGUCCCCAAAACCGGUGCAGUCACUGUUCCAGGCUCAAGUGUAAAUUUAUGCAUUUCUAAGAGGACUCAAGCAUGACUCGGAAUUUCCUGUACAAUGAGGGUGUUUUUAUCAUCAGUCGUGAUAUUGUUUACCCUUUACUCAUUAGUUACGUAGUUGUAACAUUCAUGUAGUUGUAACAUGUAAGAUGAUAUCCAUUUUUGUUCUUCUAGAUCUCCAUGUAACAUGUUGAUACAACUCAAACAGUGAAUUGAAGUACUGAGGUGAAGUAGAAUACUUCAUUUUGAGGUCGCCAUUAUAAUUCAACAAAGCCAUGUAGCUGCUUUUGGAAUUA